GCCUCACCUGCGGCAGGUGCGCGGCUCGGUGGGGCCGCCCCGGCGCCGCCCAGUGAGGCUGCGGCGCGGCAGGAGGAGAGGAAGCGAGGGGGAGCGGGGGCGCCCCGGCCCGGGCAGGAGUGAGUAUCCCGCGGGGCAGGAUGAACAACCCUAUACCUUCCAAUCUUAAAUCAGAAGCUAAAAAGGCAGCCAAAAUACUACGAGAAUUUACAGAAAUAACUUCCAGAAACGGACCAGAUAAAAUCAUACCACCUCAUGUCAUAGCUAAAGCCAAAGGCCUUGCAGUUUUGUCUGUUAUCAAAGCUGGAUUUUUGGUGACUGCUCGCGGUGGAAGUGGAAUUGUAUUAGCUCGACUUCCUAAUGGAACCUGGUCUGCUCCCUCUGCAAUAGGAAUUGCUGGUCUUGGUGGUGGAUUUGAAAUUGGAAUUGAGGUCUCAGACUUAGUGAUAAUACUGAAUCAUGAAAGAGCAGUAGAAGCCUUUGCCAAAGGAGGGAAUCUUACACUUGGAGGAAAUCUAACUGUGGCAAUUGGACCUCUGGGGAGAAACUUAGAAGGAGAUGUUGCCCUGAGAAGCUCUGCUGCUGUCUAUACAUACUGCAAAUCUCGAGGACUGUUUGCAGGUGUAUCUCUGGAAGGAACCUGUUUAAUUGAAAGGAAAGAAACAAACCGCAAGUUUUAUGGGCAGGACAUUCGUGCUAGUGCCAUCCUGCUUGGUGACGUGCCUUUCCCUGCUCAGGCAGAUGAUCUUUAUGAAACCCUAGCAUCCUUCACUGAAGUGUAUGAAAAUGAAGAGCAAAAAAAUAAUCCAGGAAAAUCUGUAAGGGAACAAAGAAGGGUAAAUGACCGACCUGCUAGACCGUCAUCCAGACCAGAGCCACCUAAACCCAGUGUUAGACCUACACCACCAGCUAAAAAGAAUACAAACAAACUUUAUCCUGAACUUCCCAAUGAUUAUGCAUCUGUGGAUAACUCUUGGAGUGAUCCAGUAGAAGUGACAGCACUUUAUUCAUUUGAAGGACAACAGCCAGGUGACCUGACUUUCAAAGCUGGAGACAAAAUCACAGUGACAACUAAAACAAAUUCCCAGUUUGAUUGGUGGGAAGGAAGAAUAGGAGGAAAAACUGGCAUCUUUCCAGCCAAUUAUGUUGCCAUAAGUAACAACUAAAUUUAUACAGAAUAAAAUGUUGAGGCAUUAAUAUAUUUACUCUGAAAAAUAUAUUUUAACUUUUCAGAUUUUAUUAAAAUGAGAUUUUUAAUCAAUACUAAUCUAACAAAAAAAAAUUAAAUGCUUUGAAUGACCAUAA